GAGGACGAGGCGGCGCAUGUGUUCUGGUGCGAUACCAGCGCCGGCACUGAGCGGCUGGUGCGCCUGGCGCGCCCCCAGAAGCUCAACCACUUCCCUGGCAUGCUGGAGAUCGCCCGCAAGAAGGGGCUGGCCCGCAACCUAGCCCACAUGCGGGCGCUCUUCCCAGAUCAAUUCGACUUCACCCCUCGCACCUUCCUGCUGCCAGAGCACGGUGGCAGCAGCAGCAGCACCCUCGGCGGCAGCCGGCGCGCCACCUUCAUCUUGAAGCUCGACAACGGCAGCAUGGGGCGCGGCAUCCGCUUGGUGCAGGUGGCCCAGGCGCUGCCCAGCUUUGAGCACGGCAACCUGGUCGCCAGCGAGUACCUGGAUGCGCCGCUGCUGAUAGGCGGGCGCAAGUUCGACCUGCGCAUUUAUGCACUUGUCAGGUGCUGCAACCCACUGCGCAUCUUCCUGUACCGCGACGGCCUGGUGCGCUUCUGCACCGAGGCGUACCAGCCGCCCUGCGCCGCCAACCUGGACCGAGCCUGCAUGCACCUCUCGAACUACGCCGUCAACAAGCACAGCCCCGCCUUUGUCGAUGCGGGGGAGGCUGGAGACGGCAGCAAGUGGUGCCUGGCGGCGUUUGCGGAGCACGUGGCGCGGGAGGGGCACGACUUUGGGGCGCUGUGGGGCCGCAUCCAGCGAAUCGUCUCCAAGACGCUGAUCUCCUGCCAGCCCAUGCUGCGGUACCACUAUAAGUGUGCCACCCGCCCUGCCGACGACGGCCUGUCCUGCUUUGAGCUGCUGGGCCUGGAUGUGCUGGUGGACGCAGAGCUGCGCCCCUGGCUGCUGGAGGUCAACCACUCCCCCUCCCUCACAACCGAUACCCCGCUGGAUCUGGAGCUCAAGUCGCGGCUUGUG